AUGGAAGACAAUCCCAAGCAGCGCACAUGUCUGGCUCUGCUCGUGGUGGAGCGACUGCACCUGAACAUCAAGUGCCAGACGUCGAAGGCCCGAGUCCGGGAUGCGCCCGUUACCCCACUCCGUCGGAUGGUCAUCCCACGGCCGGAUGUCCUGCACAACUAUCUGGAGUACAAGCAGAUCAAUCAGUAUCUGGAGUAUCUGGCCAAUCGUUAUCCCCACUUCGUUCAGAUGUACACUUUGGGGCUGACGCAUGAGAAGCGCGAAGUGCGUGCCCUCGAGAUCAACUGGAUGAACUCCGAGAAUGUGGAGCUAUCGAUCCAGAUGCGUGAAAUGUCGCCCCCACCCUUUGUGGCCGCCACGAAUGGCAGGAACAAUGCCCCGGUGGUGCAUGUGGGCGAAAACUGCCGGAACACGGUGUUCAUUGAGGCGGGAACCCAUGCCCGGGAAUGGAUCAGCAUCACCACGGCCCUGAACUGCAUCUACCAGCUGACGGAGCGCUACACCCGGAAUGUUGAUGUUUUGCGAAAGUUGCGGUUCAUCAUUGUGCCGCUGGUGAAUCCCGAUGGCUAUGAGUACUCUCGUACUAAGAAUGCCAACUGGCGAAAGAAUCGUCGCCCCCAGAAGUCGUCCAAGUUUGUGGGCACCGAUUGCAACCGGAACUAUGACAUUUUCUGGGCCAGUGGAUCCAGCAAGACCAACCGCAACACCUUCAAGGGCGACCGUCCCUUCUCGGAGCCGGAAACCCGCGCCAUGCGCAACAUGCUGGAACGCCUGAGUCCCAACCUGCUGUUCUUCCUCUCGCUGCACUCCUACGGCCAGAGCAUCAUGUACCCCUGGGGCUACUGUCGCGAUGCUGCCUUCUACUGGCGGGAACUGAGCUCCCUGGCCAAUUCGGGUAAGAGUGCCAUCAAGUCAUACAACGGACGGGAGUACCGCACCGGUAGUAUUAGUUGCCUGACAAAGCGCACCAUUGCCGGUUCCGUGGUGGAUUACGUUUAUGGAGUUCUCAAGGUUCCGAUGGCUCUGGUCAUGGAGCUGCCAGCAAGGGACCUCGGCUUCCAGCCACCCGUCGAAAUGGUCAGCCAGAUCGGGCACGAGAGCUGGUAUGGCAUUAGGGAGAUGUGCAAGCGAUCCUUCGAUCUGAGAAACCAGAUCAACCGGAACAACGAGCCGCAGCUGCCGCGUCCAACACGUUUUAUUCCGGAGGACACCAAUAUCAAUGGCACGGUCCAUGAGAACGGUACUCCCAUCCCAGUGGAGCACACAGCCGGCGGCGAUAGCAAGGCAACGACUAAAAAGAAGCGAGUGAAGCGCACGAUGCUGUCACAUCACGAAGCCAUCCUCAAGAUGCAAGAGAGCUCGAAGCAAGGACCACAACCCUUUCCCGCUGGAAUGUUUCCCCGGCAAAUGGCCAGUUCCGCGCCGCCACUAAGGCCAGGACUGACCCGUGACCGACGGGGCGGCGGGGAUGGUGUCAUUCUCUCCAGUCGGGGCAAGCCACCAGUCGCCUCCACAAUGCCGAUAGGAGUGUUUCUCUGAGCGAAUCGCGAUUUUUGUUCCGUCCAUGUUUGAUUCAAAGUUGUCGGUAUUAAAUUAAAUGUGAGUGCCUCAG